CACAACUUUCAUUUUGCACAUGCGCACAAAUCGGAUAUGAACAAGAGAAGCAGCUGACGACGAAAACGUUUGCAGAUUAACUCGAUAAUAACACCAAAGUGCAUGAAAUGUAGAUCAGCAUGACAAAUACAGGUUAAGUAAAAUAUGUCAGACUCAGAAAAUAGUGCCACUGAAAACAUUAGGGAAAAUGAAGAACCCCAACAGCUGCCGGAUGUUGUUGGAGUUGUGCCCUCCUCCUUUGAAGUUUCUGUUCAGGAAGUAAACAAUCAAGAUGUGCAAGAUGAAUCGGAAAAUAGAGAUUGUAAUACAGACAACGUCAAGUCAGAAGAAUCAACACCAUGUCAGCUAAAACGAAAUGUGAAAUUCCCGGCAGAUUCCUUGGUAAAAGGAUACUUGGAUCCGCCAGAUCCAUGGAGAAAUGCUGGCAAGUGGACAACAAAUGAUCUCAUUGCUGCAUAUAAAAGAGGUUGUGAAAGUCAUGGAGUUAAACCCCUUAAUAAAGUUCUACAACAGCUUCAGGGUAUUGAGUUUACAGAUGGAAGGUUUGAAAUUCUGAGUUUACGAGGAGAGCGGCUAGAUAUGAAGCAGGUAGAGAGUCUGGAGUCCAUCCUUAAACUGCUGCAGUUUCGGUGUUUGGAUUUAGAAGCUACACAUCUUGAUGAUGAGACUGCAGUGGCAUUAUUUGACAUGGUGGAGUACUAUGAAAGUGCAUGUAAAGUCAAUAUUGCAUUCAAUAAGAACAUUUCAGCAAGAGGUUGGCAGGCCUGUGCUCGCAUGAUUAGAAAGACACCUUGUUUAACAUUUCUUGAUGCCAGGAAUUGUGAUUUGAAUGAGAGAGUUGUUCCAAUAAUGGGCCGGUCCCUCAGGAUGGGAUGUUUUCUGACAACUCUUCAUUUAGAGAACACCUCUAUUUCGGGGCGUUCUAUGGUUAUUUUAGUGGCAGCACUAAAGAUGAACGAGAUUCUGACCGAGCUGUUCCUGGCAGAUAACAAACUGAUGCCAACUGACGGCAUACAACUAGGAAACCUCCUCAAAUACAAUCAUAAACUCCAACUCCUGGAUGUCCGAAACAACAGUCUACAGGACAUAGGUGUUGGUCACAUUUGUGAUGGACUGUAUGAACAGACCUUAGAUACUGGACUACUGACCCUGGUCCUGUGGAGUAACCAGCUGACCUAUCAGAGCAUGUCAGCAAUGGCUAAAGCAUUAGGUAGUACACAAAAUUUAGAGACCUUGAACCUUGGACACAACAACAUAACAAACGAGGGAAUUCAUCUGCUGAAGGAGGGUCUACUGGUCAGUAAAUCUCUACUGAGACUCGGCCUUCAGGGGACAAAGAUCUCCUGUGAGGGUGCUGUAGCUUUGGCGGAGGUUGUUGCAGAUAGUCCCCGCCUACUUCGCUUAGAUUUGAGGGAAAAUGAUAUCAAGACAGCAGGACUGAUGGCAUUAUCCUUAUCUCUCAAGGUCAACCAAACUGUGACACGGGUAGACCUGGACAGAGAAACAAAGAAGGAAGCGGGAGUGAAAGACUACAUAGAACAGCAGAGAAGACUGCAAAAUGACAUAAAUGCUUUCACAGAAAGAAAUAAAGAGGUGCAACGUAAGACAGAGGCUGAAAAACGCAAGGUUCAGAAGGAGCUAGAAAAGAAGGAUUCUGAGAAGGAAUUAGUGGGACUGGGACACGAUACGUUAUCUCUGCUAAAGCAGGGUUCUACAGUGAGAAGACCCUCUCUGUUAGUGAUAGAGUCGGCAGCAGAAGCUAUGUUAGACUCUCCUGUGUCAAAGAAUGUGUUCAUCACACCCGAUAUUAAUCCUAUUCUGACAAGCACUCCUCCAGGGGAAUUAUUGUUAAGUCCCCAGUAUACAACAGCUGUCAAAGCCAAAAAAAUAUUCACAGUGUCAAAAGUAAACAUUCAGUCCCUUCUCUCACCUUCUGGGUCAGUUCCUACGAGUUUACCAAUCCUGUCUCCAAGUUCUCUUCUGUCAGCGAGCUCCGCAUUGUCUCAGGUGGACUCCAAUCCAACAAAUAUUACUCCAUCCACUCUACAAGCAAUUCUAGCCAAUCCAAUACUCUGUGCACCUCUAGAUAGUGUGCCAGUACCACCUGAACCUUCGAGCAAUGAUUUACAAACAAAACCUGAGGAAAAUGUCAGUGAUUUUGUCCGAGACAUAGUGGUAGAUUUAGUGGACAGUGUAGCUGCUAAGUGUGAUCGGUGCCACCAAAACAGUGGAGAAGGGGAAACUCCAGUUUACAAUGUCCACACCAAAACAGACACAAGCAAUAACAGCAAAAACACGGAAGACACAAAUAUCAGCCUCCCAAAACCUAUCAGAGACCUAAAAGUGGAUAAAGAUUCGGGAUUUGGGAGCUAUGAAAAUGAGCAAUGGACUCAAAUUGAAUCCUCAGAACUCCCGCCUUCUGUCAUGAAUGGCCACGCAACUCUAAGUAAAGCAGUGGAAAAUCCCAACUUCCAGUCUUCUCUUACAAUGAAUGGAUUGACAGAGGAGUUGGCUAGUGUUCUGGAGAGCAUUGAAAGCAAAUCAGAAUCAGAUCCAGUCUCCCCUCCUGAUGAUUUUGAGCGAGAGCUAGAUGCCAUGUUAGCAGAGGUUCAGUGUGGAAAUAACAUUCCUUUUCCUUCAGGUAAGGGAGAUAAUCCAACCAUAAACAUAAUGUUGGUGUCCCUGAGUACUAAAGGCAUUGUUCUAUGUGGAUUAGCUGGUGAAACCGGUCCUCGGUGCAUUGUACCAAGCCAUGUAAAAAGUAAAACAGGAAAGAUCGAAAAGUUAUGGGAAUUUGAUACUACAGAUCAACUUUAUGAAAAUUUAAAGGACUUCUUAUUUAAUUUGUAUUUUAGACAUUUGCUUGUUAAUGCUAAAGACAGACGAGUUGUGAUUUGUGAAUCUAUAUUGUGCCCUUCAGCAUUCCGAGAAACUCUUGCCAAAGUUCUUUUCAAGCACUUUGAGGUUUCUUCAGUACUGUUUGCUGUUGGACAAGUGAACUGUUUGUUGGGGCUGGGAACCAACACAGGACUGGUGGUCGAUGUCGGUUACAAUGAGACAAUUGUUCUACCAGUGUAUGAAGGAAUACCAGUAAUUAAAGCCCUACAGAAUAUACCAUUAGGAGGAAAAUCCAUUCACAAGAGAAUAGAGACUCAGCUGCGAGAAUCAGGAACAGUGACCACAGGAAGUGAAGAGAAACCUCUAUCAACAUUACCAGAUUGCUUAAAUGAAGAUAUACUGGAAGACAUCAAAGUGAGAUGCUGUUUCGUUACCAAUUUACAACGGGCCAGCCAAAUACACAAAGUCACACAGUAUGGAGAAGACAAAUCCAAGCUCCCUUCACCGCCCCCUGGUGUGAAAUAUCCUGUAGAUGGCGAUCAUCUACUGUUGGUGAAUGGCACCAUCAGAGAGCACAGCUGUGAAGUAUUAUUUGAGCAGGAUAAUGAACACCAGUCCCUAUCUACCAUCAUACUGGAUGCUAUUAUCAAUUCUCCCAUUGAUAUGAGGAGGGAUCUGGCUGAGAACAUUGUAAUCAUCGGAGGGACAUCAAUGUUACCAGGCUUCCACCAUCGACUGUGUGUAGAACUGUACCACCUCCUGAAAAACAACAAAUACCAGAAUGAGCUAUCCAUCAAGUUAUUCAAGUUCCAUAAACUUCCAACAAAAGAGAACUGUGCCUGCUGGUUAGGAGGGGCCCUGCUAGGAGCACUUGAGACCCUCCCUAGUAAGUCAAUAAGCAGGGACGCCUACCUACAGACGGGAAAACUUCCAGACUGGUGCUGUAUAUCAGAGGAGACCGAGGAGCAGGAAAAAAUGGGAGCGAGGAGCUAAUGAGGACAGCAGAGAGGACCAGGAAGAAACACUCCUCCCACCAGCAGUCUGGUUAUGGGCUAUACAGUGCUGGUAGACUUAACAAACCUACAUGUAUGUGCAAUAAUUUAACUUUACAUUUAUCUUAUGUUCAACUUAUUGGUUGUACCGGUAAUAAAUAAACAGAUUAGAGCCU